UUUCAGUUUUGCUUGUUUUUGUGGAAAAUUAAAAGUGUUUCAUAAUGAUAAAUGAUAAUCCGAUCGAGGAAAUAAGUAUUAUCGUGGAUGACAGACUGGAUGACCCAAACAAUAUUGACGAAAGAGAUCACAUUCCGGAACUGGAAGAAAUCAUUUCUGAAUGGAAACUUGAUCCGGCCAUUUAUGCUAUCCUUGUCCAGCAUGGAAUUUGUGUCCAAUAUCUCAAGCUAGUGGAAGACAGAGCCUUGGAUGAUAUUUUUUCCGUAGCGAGAUGGAUUGGCCACAAAUAUGCACUGCGGCAAAAAUUAGUUUCGUGGCCGGAAAGUGUUCUAUAUCAUACAGCAACAACAUCGAAAACCAUCAAUUCUAUUCCGACCGAAGUUACAGCUCCUCCAGCUACGGUGCUAUGCAAACAGAAUCCACUCAAGCAUCGAUUGCUUCCCACCUCCGUGACAGCUGCGUUACUGGAUGAGAUCCUCAAGCGGAACGAAAAAGGAAAAAUUGUCGUGAAACAUUUUUUACAGAAUAAGAAGCUCGAUGCUGCUCACCGGAAAUACUUAGCCCAUACGGUCGUCGACUAUUAUAUAGCCAACGACUUAUAUUUUCCUCUUCCGGAUAUGUCAAAAUUUGCUCAACUAAUUGCGGAAAGAUUUCCAAACGAGCUAAUCGAAACGUACUUUAAUCCCAGAGACGUGAAGGUACAUAAGGAACACCCUACUGGUUUAAUUUAUGACCGCUUCCACAAUCGUAACAAGAAGAAGUUCGUCCAAUCCAGAUCAUCAAGUGACAAGGAAACAACGUUUUUUUAUGCAAAAUCGGUAGCUCUAAAACUUUCUCACGAUGAAAUCGAAAAGCUUACUUCAGUAAAAAACUGGCUUCGUAACAAUUCUGCCCCAGCAGAAGAAGUUCAACACAAGUGGAAAGAAACAAUUUCAUUGCGACUGCGAUCAAUUUUAAAUGAGAUUGAUGUCGACAAAGGUGGUGUGCUUAGCGAGUGGCCAAGAAUCCUGGACGAUACUGGGUACUUGUUGAUCGAUUCGGAUUUUGCUGAACUGUUUGGUAAUCCAGAUAAGUUAUUCAACAACUGGGAUUUUUUUUCACAAAAAUUCCUUGACUACGUUCGAAACAACGACAUCAAAGACGAUUUUUCAAGACAAUUACUAACUGCGCUGGACGAAUCCGCCAAAGUUAACGGCCGGGAUUUCAUCGUAUGUAUGGUAUUCCAAGCACUCAUCAAACCAACACGGACUUCCACACGUAAAUUACCCACAAUAUUGCAGGCGCAAACUGAUGUCUGUUGUAUAUGCGCAACCCACGAGGAAUACUUAAGUGAGUGGCGUUCACUACGUCAAGAGUUUGAGACAGCAAAACUUCAACUCCCACCUCGUAUCUUCAUUGUUGGAAGUUUCGACGAAAUUGAAGGAUUCUACGUUGUGACAGGAAAAAUUGAGUACAAACUUCCAACGUUUCUUCGUUGCCUGGAUGUCAUUGUUAAGCUGAAGUACGUGCUGAACUACCAAUUUCCUGAGAGCUGUGAGUUAUUCUGGUGCUUCGUGACCAGAUUCUUUUACAAUAUCGACUACAAAAGAAAAUCGAAAAACAAUCAACUUCUACAAUUGAUCGCCUAUCUGGAAACUGGAGAUAAUGGAUUGUCAUUUGUGCCGUAA